AUGAAGCAGAACUCACCGUCUCUCCUCCUCCUCCUCCACCACCACACUUUCGGUUUCCUCUCCUGCAUUCACACGCAGGGCUUCCAAAGGGCCACGGUUGUCUUCACUGUCUCGGUGGGUGAGUUUCGGUGCCGCGGUGCCAUGCAUAAUGCCGCGGCGUCUGCGCCGUCUGCGGGGCUCGUCACCUAUGCAGCAUGGCGCAGCGAGUCGGAGCGCAUCGUCCGGCUUGCUCGCAGCAUCGCGCACGACGAGCGGCUAAGCGAGGCACUGGCUGCUUUCACGGGCGAACCACUUGUAGCAAGCGACAUCGGCGCCGACGGUCGAUUCUCGGGGCCGCCUACGUCCUUCUCGGCACCAUUCGCGCAAGCCGCUGUGACUGCGGCAGCGCCCUCCUUUCUUCAGCGAAUGCUGUACAACCCCACGAGGCGCACCGAAUCCCCUGCGGCCUCUCCUGUGACGCCGUUACCAAGAGCUCAGGGGGCGCGCGUCGGCAGGGAGAACGAGGCAACCUCGUUUCUGCAGCUGCUGGCAUUGGCGGAGAUGCCGUCAAGCUCGAAUGCCGUAGGCUGGCCGUCCUCCUCCUCCUCCUCCACAGCCAAGCGGCGUUUUUUUGCCGAGGCGCUGGAGGCCGUGUCCAUCAGUAUCGCCAACAACAGCCAAAGCAGAGGUGCUGAGCACAGCAAUGGCGACAAUGCAACGGCACAGGCGCCUUCCUUGAUCUCGUACUCGCACGCCAUACUGCCGAGGCGCGAGACAGCGUCGGCUCCCACCUUGGCAGCUGCUGUGCCUCAUAGGAGCUUCCCCGCUUCUGCCGGCACGUGGCGGAGUGGUGUCGGUGAUGGAGAUGGCGAGGGUGACUUCGACCUGCACUUUGCUCGGCUCAAGCACCAGGCGAUGGAGCGCAGUCGUACCGAGGAUACAGCCAGCUUACCCUCGCGUUCGGCACCAUCGCCAACCACAGCGCCUUCGCUGUCUGUCCCUGGGAUCAAAGCUGGCCUUGAGGCUGCUCGAGCGGCUCUGGAUGCGGCGGAUGCGCUGCUUCUACGACUGCGUCAUCAGUAUCGCCUCAGCACUUCGCCGACCGGGCGACUGGCGGAGGCGCAGACACUUCUUCUGCGAGCCACGCUGUGUCGCGAGGCGCAGCUGUACACAAAUACAAUUUUGCAUGCCGUGAGCCGGCGGUUCAACAACAAGGGGGGGCAGGGGGCACCCCACCACGUGCCGGGCCCAAGUCGCCAUGACCCCUCCGCCUCGUUGCUCUUCGCCUCGCCCUCCGCACUAUUUGGUGCGACGACGCAGAGCUGGGCGGCUCUCACCGCUGCCGAGUCCAGCGAGCCUCUAACGAGCGCCAUACGGAAAGAGAUCGCCCACGUUGUUCAGCCGCGACAGCACAGUGGACGUGCGGGCGCCGUCGCGCACGACAAGGGAACUGGCGACGGUGCCACAGAGCGACGGGUCUCUUCUUCGCCCCUAGUGGUGUCAUCGGGGCCUGGCACUACCGUAGAGAUGACGCUUGCCGCCAUCUCGCACUCUCCGCAGUUCACGGAGGCACUCGCGCGAUGGCGGCAAGUGGUCGAGGCGCAGCAACGCUCUUUACGCAUGGAAGAGGUGCACGACUACCUUGCGGCAGCACAGCUGUUCCUUGGCGCCGCCGUAGAAAGACAGCAGCUUGGUGGUGGCAAAUGCGGCGGUGACGCACAAAAAGAUGCGUUCUGCUGUGAAUCGCCUCUAAUGCUCGCUGCUCACGGUGUAACGCACGUGCUGUGCGCAUGUGGUCUUCUUCUCUCCGACACGCUACUCGAGAAGGAAGUGCCGUACCCUGCCACUGUUGUCGGGGAGAUGGCUGCAGCGGCGGCGGUCACGACGGACAUCGCCGCUGACAAGUUUUGCAACAGCAGCACGAGUGAUGGGACUGUUGGCUCUUUCCUAUCAAAUCAGGUGGUGCUGCCACCGCUGCUCGCACGAGGUAGCCCACACGCCACCCGUGCUUGGAUGCUGCUUGUACAGCUGGCAACCUUUCUGGAGCGCAACGCCUUGCAGCUUCCUUGGGAUAAGAAUACCAUCGCAACUGGUAGCGCGACUUCAGCUUCGCUGGCACAGGACAGCACAAGCAGUAGCAGCAGCAGCAGCAGCAGCAGCACAACACAACCUCUCUGGGAGCUUUCUGCUGCAGUACUGUUGCACCGGCCACUUGACGCACUGCAGGCGCUACACGAAGUCUUUGAGCGGACGUCCUCAUCUACUCCAACGUCUGCGAAGGUGCCGUCGCUGCGAGACCUCUUCAGUGAUUACAUGUCUCCACUGCACGCACGCCCGUCAUCGCUGCCUGCCUCGGGUGCACGCGUGUCUUCAUCUUCAUCAUCUUGCUCCCCAUGUCCAGCAGUAGCAGCAGCGCCAACCACCUGGAUAGCGCAGGUGCAGGCACAACCAGGCACACUGCCGCUGUGCCUCCUUUCCUUGCGCUGUGCCAUCGCGGCCGCAGUGCGUGCGCACCACUACGCCGAGGCGCUGCUGAACACCGAAGUGGGCCUGCACCUCCUGCGGGAGCAUGUGGAGAGACUGGACCCGGUUCGCAGCGAUGGGCACGAAGCAGAGCCAAAGGAGAAGUGCACCGAACAGACCAGCACCGCGAAUGCGGCUGUCGCCAACGCAGGUGGGACGGACUACCGGCGGCUUGUGCGCUGGCCCGAAGCGGCAACGGCAACACACGCCCAGCCAUCGAGAUCGGCGAGCGUGUCUACCACAAAGAUGGUGGCCUCCGCCGUCACGUACCUCUCCGAUGGCGUUGUGCUGACCAUGCUGCGUGUGCUGCUGCUCCUCCUCACAUCUCCAGUGGCAUCUGGCGAGGCGGUGGCGCGUCUGCAGCAAGGACAGUGCGGGAAGGUCCCGUGGUGGAAACGAGCGACGAAGAGGGACCACACAGGACUAUCGUCCCCUGGCACGAGCAGCCCGCUGAGUCAGCAGGAGCGCAGCGGUGACGAUCCACUGGAGUGCGCUGGUGAUAUUGUCCGCUGCGUUGGCAUCUCCCUCAUCUCUGCGCUGGACACACUGGACACCCUGACGACGCAACUGCAGCUACUCGAGCGCUACGUCAUCGCACCGAAAUACCCCACAGCACGGCUCUGUGCUGCAUCAGCGACACCGGCCGGGCUGCCCGACACGGAGCUGCACGACCACUUUGAUUUCUCCGCUAGUGAGGAGGUGCGCCUUCUGCCGUCCUUCCCAGGCCCAGAGCACCGGCUAGAGUACGUCAUUGCAACUGCGUUAAAGGCGGCUGAGACGGGCGUAACUCUGCGUGACACACACCAGCCACUAACCAGUGGCACUGAGAGAGGCGCGCCAAUCGCAACGACAUCCACCACGGCACUUGACGAGGAGGCACCCACGGCACAUCCCUCUUCGCAUGCCGCCGCGGCCAACACCUCGCUGCAGCGCUCCUCGCGCGCUGUGUGCCAACUGACAUCGUCAGCACAGUAUCAGCAAUUAAAACUUGCGUACCGCUCGAGGACACCUGCUGGCCCAGGCGCAGACACAUCCUCCACAGUCGUGCGUGACGCCGGCGUGCACUCGGAGGCGAGCACUGAAGAGCACCAAGGCGACGGGGUGGAAAAGUGCUGCCGCUUCGGCACGCAGUCUGCCGCUUUGGCGGCGCUGGCGCAAGUUGUCCGGGAGCUGUGGACGAUGGUAGGGGCGCUCACACUGCCGCUUCGUGCGGCAUCCACAUGCACGACUCCGCCGACCGAGGCUUCCCUCGCUGCAGUAUCAACGGCCCUGGCAGCAGGAGAACCGUGGUUCGAGGAGACCAUAGCAACGGACAUGGCUACCUCGGCUCUGGUACGUGACUCGUGGCAGGGGUGCGAGAACAGUAUCAGCUACGGUGAAGCGCGUCUCGCCCUCUCUACAGUGGAACCACGAAUGGAGAGGUGUCUGCAGGUGCUGGGUGGGCGUGACCGGACUGUGUUGGUGCUGCUUCGUCGGCUGCAGACCGAGCUGCUGUUUCCGGCGGUGUGUCGCUCACUUGCUUAG